AUGUCUUCACCAAUACCACUCCGAAGUAUACGAAUGCCAGCGCUCCAACGACAAUGCCUCUUCCUGCGCCACCAAACCCUCGUCCGCUCCGCCCAACCCACCAUAACCCACCCAUCUUCCCGCCGCACCUUCUCCAGCACCCCCUCACGCCCAGCAAAGCGCCGGCAACUCGGUCAGGACAAGGCGCAAACAAGAGCCGCUGCCGAAUCCCAAAUUGCGCCUUCACCGAAAGUCAACUUUGAGCGUGCGCAACGAGAUGCAGAUGCUAUGGCAGAGGAUAUUGGGCUUCUGCAGAAUACCAUUGUGAGGGCGCCAUUUAGGGAUUUGAUGAAAGAGGCAGAUGGGAUUAGGGGGAUUAUGGGCUAUUACUGGAAUAUUGUCAAGCACAAGGGAACGGCUCUUUAUUCACGAUACUACUACCGCGCCUGUAUCCAAAAAUCCGGCUGGUCACAAUACCUACCCGUCGAUCUCUUCAACAAUAGCCAAUACAAAACCCUAGCAAAGAGAUACUACGAGCAAAUCCAAAAAGACUUCGCCAAAGGCAAUGUCACCCCUCUGGAGCAAAUCUGCCUAUCCCCCCUCGUCAAGAAGCUCAGACAACGAAUUGCCACCCGUGGCAGCAGAGUCCAGAUGUCCUGGCACCUCCACAAAUUCAAAUCCCUACGUGUAGUCUCGCACCGCUGCGCGCCCUUGGGUGAAGAACAACCAGACUCGGCAUACAGACAAGUCGUUGUGCGAAUCGCAUCCGUUCAAUCACUCGAACGAUCCACUUCUUCUCUGUCUAAAUCUACAAAGUCUUCGUCGACACGCACCGCACCUCAUCUCCCUUGGGUCCCAGAUGCCGCACGCCAGCGAGCUGAAAAGGCACGUCAACGGAGUCAGAAACUAGAGGAUGAGGGCGAAACUGAGAACCAGAUUGUCAAGAGCGGUGAUGAGUUCCCUGAUAACGGAGUGCCCAAGACGGUAGUGGAGUACCUUGUGUUGCAGAAGAGGGUUAUUAGGGGGUCAGAGGAGGAGUGGAAGGUUUGGGGUUUCACCGAGGAGUCGACGCCCAGUGUGAUUGCGAGGGAUGAGAGGUAUUGGUCCAAGAUGUUGAAUACACAGAUUGAGACUGCGUAG